AUGGGAAAGCAGCGGAUGUCUGCGGUGGACAUCGCCGCUGAGGUGGCAUGCCUACGUCAGUGGUUGAUCGGUUUCCGAGUCGCCAAUCUAUACGACCUGAGUCCCAAGACGUAUGUGAUCAAGCUGGCGAGGAGCAGCGGCGUGUCGGAGAGUGGGCAGAGCGAGAAGGUGCUGCUGCUGCUGGAGAGCGGCAUGCGAUUCCACACCACCAACUUCGCCAGGGACAAGAGUGUGACGCCGUCAGGGUUCACACUCAAGCUGAGGAAGCACAUUCGCACUCGCCGCCUUGAGGACAUCUCCCAGAUUGGAAUUGAUAGGGUGGUGGAUUUCAAGUUUGGCACGGGCGAGUCAGCGCACCACGUGCUGCUGGAGCUGUACGCGGGGGGCAACGUUAUUCUCACUGAUAGCCAGUAUUCCGUGCUCACGCUUCUGCGCUCCCACAGGUCCGUGCACGUGUGUGUGCGGGGGAACGGGGAGGGAGGAAGUGGGGGGGCAUGGGUGGAUCUGAAGGGAGCAGGAAGUUUGUGCUUGUGUGUGGGGGCAGAGGGUGGAGGAAGGACGGUGUCUGUGUGUGAGUGUGUGCGGGGGGAGGGUGAGGAGCUGUAUGCAGGGGGCAACGUCAUCUUAACUGAUAGUGUGUUACACAAGAAGGACAGCUGCUACUCCGUGCUUACUCUGCUGCGCUCCCACAGGGACGACGAUAAGGGCAUUGCCAUCAUGCCCAACCACCCUUACCCCCUCUCGGACGACGAUAAGGGCAUAGCCAUCAUGCCCAACCACCCCUACCCCCUCUCCUCCCUCCGCCCCCUCACUCUCUCCUCCCCCUCCGCGCUCACCAAGGCGCUUCUGGGGGAAGCGCCAGUGGCGGGCGCGGAAGGCCAUGGGAGGGAGGCGGGGGAGGGGGAGGGCGAGGGGGAGAAGAGCAGCGGGGAUGGUGGGGGGAAGGGGGAGGGCGGGGCGAGUGGGGGGGGAGGAGGGGCGGGGAAGGGGAAAGGUGGUAAAGGGGGGAAGAAGGAGAAGGGGGGGAGGAAGGAGAAGGGGAAGAAGGGGCAGGGAGGGGAGGGUGGGGAGUGUGCGGAAGGGGGGGAUGGGGAAUGGGAGGAGCGGGUGGGAGUGUUGAAGGAACGGUUGGGAUCGGUGCUGGGCUAUGGCUUGCCCAUCUGUGAGCAUAUUGUGAGACAAGGAAUGGAGGCAGCUGCUGCAACCGCUGCUGCUGAUGGUGAUGCUGAUGGUGCUGCUGCAAAACCUGCUGAGAGUGAUGGUGGUGAUGGUGGUGUUAUGGUGGGGAAGGGUGGUUUGCAGUGCAAGGAGGAGGUGAUAGUAGCGAAAGUUGUGGCAGCAGCGAGUGCGUUUGAGGAGUGGCUCGUGAAUGUGACUCAAAUGAAGGUCAUUCCGAAAGGCUACAUCUUGCUACGCCGCGAGAAGCAACACCAGCAGCAGCAACAGCACCAGCAGCAGCGACAGCAGCAGCAGCAGCAGCAGCAGCAGUCACAGCAGCCGCAUAGGAGGCGGCAGAGGGGGGAGAAGAAGCAGCAUUUUGAAGCCAAGAAAGCCGGUGAUGGAAGCGCAGCUGAGCCCAAAGGGGUAGAGGCUGACGGGAAAGAGCAGGAUGAUGAGCAGGGGGCAGGGCAGGGGGAAGGAGCAGGUAAGGGUGAGGAGAAGGAAGAGGAUGACGUGGUGUAUGAGGAGUUCUGGCCCUUGGCUCUGCGCCAACUGCAGCUUGCUGCAGGCGAGGUGACACGUGCUGGAGGAGGAGGAGGUGGUGGAGGAGAGGGAAAAGGAGAAGGAGGAGAGUCAGAAGCCGCAGGGGCAGCUGCAGCGGCAGCGGGAGAAGGAGGGAGCAAAGGAGGGAGGGAGAGGUGGGGGGAUGGCGGGGAGGGUAAGAGUCUGGGGCUGCGUGAGUUUGAGACGUUUGAUGGCGCUAUGGAUGAGUUCUUUGCGCGGUACGAGGGGCAGAGGGCCAUGCAGCAGAGGGCCGCGGCAGAGAAGCAGGCUGCGAGCAAGCUGGAGAGGAUCAGGGCUGACCAGCAAAAGCGAGCGCAGCAGCUGCAGCAGGAGGUUGACGUGGCAGAGCACAAGGCGCGGCUCAUCGAGCAGAACCUCGCUGACGUGGACGCAGCCAUCCUGGCGGUGCGCGAGGCGCUGGCGGGCGGCAUGGAUUGGCAGGACCUGGCGGCGAUGGUGAAGGAGGAGCGGCGGGCUGGGAACCCGGUGGCGGCGCUUAUAGCGGCGCUGCAUUUGGACAGAGGGCGCAUUGCUGUGCUGCUCACACCGCCUGAUCUGGACGGCAUGGAGGAUGAGGAGCGGACGGCUCCUGCUGCUCUGGUGGAGGUGGACUAUUCCUUGUCAGCGUACGCCAAUGCGCGCAUGUGGUUCCAGUCGCGCAAGAAGCAGCAGGAGAAGCGCAACAAGACGGAGGCCGCGCACGAGACUGCACUCAAGGCCGCCCACGCCAAGACCUCCCAGCAGCUCGCACAGGCCAAAGUGGCGGCGACAGUGCAGCACAUGCGCAAGGUGCACUGGUUUGAGCGUUUCCACUGGUUCAUCUCCUCCGAGAACUACCUGGUCAUCAGCGGCAGGGACGCGCAGCAGAACGAGAUGCUCGUCAAGCGCUACAUGCGCCGCGGGGACCUCUACAUACACGCGGAUCUGCACGGGGCAGCAAGCACAAUCAUUCGAAACACAGACCAGCACGGCCUAGCACCCAUCCCCCCUCUCACCCUCGCACAAGCCGGCGCAGCCACCGUCUGCCUAUCCGCCGCCUGGGAUUCCAAAGUGGUAACUAGCGCCUGGUGGGUGUACCCGAAUCAGGUCACUAAAACAGCGCCAACUGGCGAGUAUCUGACCGUUGGAUCAUUCAUGAUCCGAGGGAAGAAGAAUUUCCUUCCGCCCGUGCCACUGCAGAUGGCGUUUGGGUUUGUGUUUCGGGUGGAUGAGAGCUGUCUAGGGGCGCAUUUGGGGGAGAGAAGGUCUGCAGGCAACAAGGAAAAAAAGGGGGCAGGCAAGGGCGGAAAAGGUGGUGGUGCUGCUGCCGCUGCUGCUGCUCCCAGUGCUGCUAGUGGUGGUGGUGGGGGUGGCAAGGGCAAGGGUGGAGGCUCUGCAUUGAGUGAGUUGGUGUGCUUCAAGUGCAAGGGCAAGGGGCACCGAGCCAAGGACUGCACUGCUGAUGCUGAUGCUGAUGCUGAUGCUGCUGCUGCUGGUGCUGCUGGUGGUGCUGUUGGUGGUGCUGGUGAAGGUGCCAGUGAUUUGAGCAAGGGAGGAGUGGAGCAGAUCGAAGGGGGCAAUGCAACAGGAACAGCAGGAGGAGGGACUGGCGGGGCGACAGGAGAUGAUUCCGCUCAGUCAGAGUUGACAAGUGUUGGGGAAAGCAAUGCGCUUGCCAGUGGGGAAGAGCAGGGUGUGGUGGCACAGGAGGAGCUUCAACUGGAUUCAGAUGCAACAGGGAGGGAGGAGGCACGUGGCUCACAUGAAACCACAGGAAGCGGAGGAGCAGCAACAGCAGGCGAAAAGGAAUUGGAAGGAGGAGAGAAGGGAGGAGGAGGGAGAGAGGCGGAGGGUGGGGAGAAGCUAAGCCGGCGGGCACGGGCGCGGGCAGAGGAGGCGGAAGUAGAGGCGAUUCUGGCAGAGGAAGAAGUGGCAGAGGUGGGGGAGGAGGAGAGGGAGCGGCUGACAGAGAUCGACUCACUCACGGGCGUGCCUCUGCCCUCCGAUGUGCUGCUGUAUGCCAUGCCUGUGUGCGGCCCUGUGAACGCUCUCGCGAAUUUCAAGUACCGGGUCAAGGUCACGCCAGGCCAUCUUAAGAAGGGCAAAGCUGUCAAGCAAGCAGUGGACCUCUUCUUGCGCUCGCCGGACCUGUCAGCGCGGGAGAGGGAGCUCAUCAAGGCCGUACCUCUCCCGGACCUGGUGUCUGCAAUGAUGUCCAAUGCUAAGAUCACGGCCCCGGGGCUCAAUAAGAUGGUCCGGGAUAAGAAAAAGGGAGGGAACGCCGGUAGCGGGGGAAGCGGCAGGAAGGGGGAGAACAGUGUGGGCAAGAGUAGCGGCAAGGGGGGGAGUUCCCGCAAGGGCAAGCAGCAAGGGGAAGUGCGCGCGUCGUCGGGAGCGCGGAGCAGCCAGUGCGACAUAUUCGAAGGUCAAUGGGUCGUUGACUUCGCGCGCCCGCCCUACGACGACUCCUGCCCCUACCUCUUCGGUCUGACGCGGUGCAAGCGCAAUGGCCGGCGCGAUUCGUCGUACGUGCGGCACUCGUGGUACUCCACGUCGUGCCGCCGCUUCAUCCGCUUCAACUCCAGGGGCUUCCUUCGCAUACUCGCCAAUCGCACGUUGGCGAUCAUCGGCGACUCCAUCGCCAUCGCCAACUUCCUCCCCGCCAUCCUCUGCCAGUUGCGCGCAGUCACCGCCGUCUCCGCGCCCACGCGCCACCUGCUUCCGCGCGGGCCGCUGGGGCAGCGCUCUCCGCAGCUGGACGCGCGGAUUUACCGCGUGCCCGCGGUCGGCGGGCGGAUCGUGGGGAUCUGGGACGACUAUCUCAUGCGCGUGACGCAGGACAAAUCGAUGCUGACGCGGCUGGUUCCGCGGUACAGCGCGGCGGAGGCGGGCCCGGAGGACGUGGCGAUCGACGUGCAGACGGCGAACCCGCAAUGGGCGGCGCUUCUGGGGGCGGUAGAUCUGGUGGUGCUGGAGACCGCGACGCACUGGCGCACGCUGCGCACUAAGAAGGCAUCCGCCAUGGCUAUCACUGGGCGCGACUGGCGCGUGCUGCCGGGGGUGGACGCGUACCAGGGGUACAGCAAGGCGAUGCAGACAAUCCGGCGGCUGUUCGAGUCUCCGCGCGCCGCAGUCACAUCCUCCUCCUCCCCCAGCGCGCCCUCGACGUUCUUCGCCGACGCGGAUGCCGCCGAGGCUGACGUGGACGACGGCGCAUACGGUUACACGGAUGAGAUUGACGGUGAUAAUGAUGGUGAUGCGCGUGACAGCAGCAGCGCGAGCACGCCGGCACGCGGCCUUGCCUCUACUACAACCCCAUCGCCGUCCACUUCAAUAUCAUCAUUACUAUCACCGUCGUCGUCAUCAUCAGCAGCAGUAGCAGCAUCGUCAGCAUCAGCGGCUGCAUCAGCGGCGGGGGGUAGUAGCAGGCGCGGUGGUCCUCUAGCGUUCUUCAUGACGGCGUCCCCGCAGCACAACGCCAAGAAGCUCGGCGGACCGGGGCUCUGCGGGUCGCCCGGCCACGUGCUCACUCGGAAAGAGGUAGCGCGCAUGGAGCGCAACAACGUGCAGCUGUCGCGCUUCCUGCCCAUGCAGCGCGCGGCCUUUCCCCCGGGGGGCGCGGUGCGCCUGCUGGACAUUGCGCGCAUCUCCGCCAUGCGCCCCGAGGCGCACGUGGGCAACUGGUCGAGCGCCACUGGCAAGACGCGCUAUUUUGAUUGUCUACACUGGUGCCAGCCUGGCGUGCCGGACAUCUGGGCAGACCUAUUCUACCACCAGCUGUUGCAGGAGCCCUCGCUGCAACCCCCCCGCCCCUCCGCGCCCCCCUCUCCGCCCAAACCCUCAAAGCCCCCUUCUCGCCCUCCCUCCAAAGCCCCCUUCCCCACGUCCCCCUCCCGCUCGCCUUCCACCUCUCCCUCUCGCUCUCCUUCUCGCUCGCCCAUGCCAUCCAAGUCACCCAAGCCAAAGAUACCCACCACCAGCAAGCCUCCCCGCAAGCCCUCCCCUUCCCCCUCCCCCACCCACAACCCCAUCCCGACCCCCAUCCCCACCCCCCGCCCACCACGCAAGAACAACCCAUCACCCCCCCGCAAGUCCCCUUCCCCCUCCCCCGCACUCUUCCCCCAGCCUUUCCCCCGCCCCUCACCCCGCCCUCUCCCCAAACCCUCCCCGCAAGCACCCCCCAAGCUAAACCUUCGGCCCUUUCCUCGACCUUUGCCAAAGCCCACCUCCCGCCGACCCUCCCCCAAGCCUUCCCCCCAUCCCCCAAACCGCUCCCCCCAGCCUACGCCCAAGCCGUCCCCCAAGCCCUCCCCCAAGCCUUCUGCCAGGCCUUCCCCCAAGCCUUCCCCCAAGCCUGCCCCCAAGCCUUCCCCCAAGCCUUCCCCCAAGCCUGCCCCCAAGCCUGCCCCCAAGCCUUCCCCCAAGCCUUCCCCCAAGCCUUCCCCCAAGCCUUCCCCCAAGCCCUCGCUUAACCCCGCCCCUGAGCGUCCCCCCUCCCCCUCCUCUUCCCCUGAACGCUCCAUGCGGCCUCGUGAUCCCCCAUCCAUGGAUAACACCUCCCCUGGGAACAAGGGCGGGGGAGGGGGGAGAAACACAGGAGCGGGGGGAGGAGGAGGGGGGAGCAGCACGCCGAAUCGCAUGAAACCCCGGGUAGACACACACUUGCAGGGGGUAGGGGGAGAAGGGAGUGGGGGGGCAGGAGGAUUGGGAGAGGGGGGACAGACAGGAGGGAGUGGAGGAAGGAUGAAGGGCACGAAGAUGAGUCCGAGUGGUGGUGUGGAGGGCAAGAGCGUUGAGAGCCAGGGAUGGGGCGAUGGAGCAGCAGCAGGAGGUGAUGUUGAUGAUGGGUACGGUGCAGACGACAGUUACAGCAGUGGUUACGGUGAUUAUUCUGAUGGUGAUAGCAGUACUGGUCCUGGUGAUGGCAGCAUGGGGAGCAGUGCCAGCAGCCACGCAGCAGCGGGAGCUUCUGCUGCUGCGUUUUCUGCCUCGAGUGAUAUUUCCGAGUCUGAUGAUGGGGAUGGUUACAGUUUGGGCGCAGAGCAGGCAACUUUACGUGGUCAAACGAGUGGGAAGGAAAGGGCAGGCAACAGCAGCAGGUCAACAAUCAUUAUCACAGCAUCUGCUGUCACAGAAACACCCCCAGCGACCAUCCCUCUGCCUUCCAGUGAAGCAGCUGCUGCAAGCAGAUUACACGGCCACCGCUCCCCCUGGCACCAACACCACCAUCGCCAAAACCAAAGCCAAGGCCACGAUCGUGAGAACUACGCUGCCCGUGAUACAGCUAUGUUAAAAGGAGAAUCUCAAUCCGAUAAGACUUAUUCUGACGGCCUCUCCCUUUUGCUGCAAGGGAAUGGAGGGGCGAUGCCUGAGAGCAGUGCGGUGCCUGCGGAAAGCCCUCUGGUUGCCCGUGUGCUGCAACCACAGCCAUUGCAAGCGGGGAACAGCCAAGGCAGGGUGCCUGUGGCAUUACUUGUGGCAGAUGGGACCGCCUGUCUCUUCUCACCCCGCGCUUCCUCCGCUCCUAAUGGCGGCUCCCCUGCCGUCACCUCCCCGUACUCCCCCCUCCCGCGCUCCGACCCUGACUCGCCCGUUUCCCAGUCUUCCGCUGCGCUACAUCCGCUUAUCCCUCCUCCUUGCCCCGUCCCUUUCGUUCUCUCGGCCUCAGACCUCUCGUCCGCAUCUUCCGCCGUGAAUCUCUCCGUAGAAGACUACAUAUGCCGUUAUCUCCUGCAACCCGCCACCGACCGCGCUAGGCCUCCCAUUUCGCGUUUCCACGUCUCCGCGAUAGCAAUAGGCGCUAAGACGGGCCGCGGAUUCCUGGGAGUGAAUCUUGAGUUCCCGGGCUUGCCUCUCCAUAACUCUGUGCACGCCGAGCAGUUCGCCGUGGCUUCCGCCGCAUUGCACGGCGAGCCCGCGCUCUCCGCGCUACUGGUCUCGCGCCCCCCCUGCGGCCAUUGCCGGCAAUUUAUGCAAGAGCUGCGCGGAGCAGAGGCCCUGCGCGUGAUUAUAGCGGAAGAGACGGAGGAGGCGGAAGAGACGACCCUCACGCAUUUGUUGCCGCAUCGUUUCGGCCCCCACAGUCUACUAGCCGACGAUUUCCCGCUGCUGCUGGAACAGCGAGACAACGGCCUGCAGUUAAUCGAUCCUGUUGACGCGCCAUCGCCGUUGGAUUUCAUGGUGGUGCCUCCACUCUCCCGCUCUUUCUCCGCCUCUUCCCCAUCCGCUAUCGAGUCUGCAGCUGCAGCAGCUGCCUCUGCUGGUUCUCCUGCUGCGGUUCUCUCCACUCCUCUCGGGCAGGAAGCCGUUCUGCGUGCUCUAGACGCUGCCAACGCGUCCUACACUCCCUACAGCCUGUCGCCCUCUGGAGUAGCGCUUAUAUCGCGGACAGGAGCGGUGCAUGCAGGGUCUUAUAUUGAGUCCGCUGCGUACAACCCAAGCCUUCCAGCGUUGCAAGCGGCGUUAAUAGCGCUGGUGGCGGAAACGGGAGGGGAGGGGGCGUACGAAGAUGUGGUGCACGUGGCUCUUGUUGAGAAGGAGGGGGCGCAGAGAUACCCACCAGGCGACGGUGGGGGACAGUUGAUUUGUGAAGGAUCCGUUUGGAGGGGGCAGGGAGGGGGGAAGAGGAGAGAAGCUGGGAGUGGGGGUGAGGGGAGGGGAGAGGAUGGCGGGGAGAGGCAGAUGAGAUGA